CGUUCCCAAAAUAAACGAAAGAAAUCCUCCCUCCCUAAAUUAGUCCACGAGCUCUCUCUGCAUUCGUAAAAGAAACCCUAAUUCAUUCUCUCUAAUUAGGGUUUUUGUCAUCAAUCUUCAAUUAAGGUUUUUUUUUACUGUCAAUCGAUCAUGCAGCAGACUACAACAAUGUUAAAGUUCACUCCAACUUUUCAUCCUCCUAAUAGAAUAAUCAAGAAACCCCAAACUCACUUCACCAAUUUUCCCAACAUACACAAGAUCACCAACAACAAACCCUUCCAAAUUACUAAUUCUCCCAACAUAAACAUGACCACCAACAACAAGCCCUUCCACAUUUCAUCCUGCAGUAAGAAGGAUAACGCGGAUGCAAAUUCUGUAUUGAAGAAGGAUGCACCAAAGAACUCUACAUUGACCAGUGAGAAGGAGUUGCAGUUGUCCGUUUCUUCUGCUUUUGAGCCAAUUUUCUCAGCUGUUAAAUGGGUGUUUUCAUCUCUGACUAAAUUGGUUUCACCCUAUACAAGUACAUCCAAAUUCAAUGUUAAGCAUGACCAGUUAUUGUCCGAGCACACUGGAAAGGAGAUUGUCGGGGUUGUUCAGCAUGUGGUUCGUGAUCAUGACGGAUUACUGGAAAUGACUGUACUAUGUGAACAUGGUUUAUUGAAGAAUCUUAAAAUCAGUAGCUCUGACGUUGUCAAUCAGACCUUAUUCAAUGAGGAGGAGAACGAGAAAAUGUGGAGGAUUUAA